AUGCUGCAAAGAAGAACAAGCAUUGAUGCCGCUCUCAAUGAUGCCGAUCUCAUCAUCUCAAGAAUUGACCACGAAGAGUUGGCCGAGCUGACGAGCAAGCUCAAUGGUGAAAAGGAUGCUGGCAAGAUUACCCAAAUCUUCAAGGACGAGGCCCAGCGUCUGAUUGGUGCUGGCAAGGCUACGGCAGGGGAAGUCAAGUCUCUGGUUUAG